AUGCCUCGACCAACCGCCCAUCACGCGUGGAAUUUUGACAUUGACCGCUACAUCAAUCCCAUCAUCCCGUCGCCGCCAUGGAGGUAUAUUCCGUAUCCUGUCGCCCAUUUUCUCGGCCAUCGCAGAGCCAAGCCCGCCAACACGGGCAACCUCAUGCCCACCUUUUGGGCCUUUAUUGGUAUCUUUUGCGCCAUCAUCAUCGUCCAGGUCACCUCCACCCACAUUCCCGCCUUUGAGAGCCACCAUGCGCCCGCUAUUGUCGGUUCGUUUGGUGCGACUGCUGUCCUCGAAUUCUACGCCAUAGAGUCUCCGCUCGCGCAGCCUCGAAAUACAUUCAUCGGCCAGGCGCUGGCGUCCGUCAUUGGAGUCGCUGUCGCGAAGCUGUUCCUCCUUAGCGACAACUUUGAGAGCAUCCAGUAUAUCGGCGGCGCCCUCGCCUGUGCGGCCACCACCUCCCUCAUGGCUCUCACCAAGACAGUCCAUCCGCCCGCUGGUGCCACCGCCCUGCUCGCCGUCGUUGAUAACCGCAUCCUCGGCCUCGGCUGGUUCCUCAUCCCCGUCAUGAUGCUUGGCUGCUCGCUCAUGGUCUCCGUCGCUCUCGUCAUCAACAAUAUUGAGCGUCGCUAUCCCGUCUAUUGGUGGACUCCCGAGUCUCUCGAAGCCAUUAAAAGGCCCAUCUUGCAUCGCUCCAAGGAAGAGGACCCUGAGGGUUUUCCCGCUAGCGCUACGACGACGAACGAAGAGAAGCCAGCCUCAGAGGCUAGCAAUGAUGCCGCAACGGCUGCUGGGGCUGCCACGUUUGCUCACCGCAAACACGAACUUAAUCAAGUCAUCAUUCGCCCUGGCGAGGUCUUGGUACCGCAAGACAUGUUUUUGACGCAAGAGGAAGCUCAGUUGCUGGAAACGCUCAGCAGACGUCUGUGA